AUAGCCUGCUGGGCAUGUUCAAUUUAACGUGUCUUCGUCAGUGAAUUUGUAUUUGAACGCUCCCGCCCAUCCGCACUUUCCAUCCCAAGUCGCUUCCAAAUUCUCUUGCAAAUACCACCAGAGGCAUGAAUUCACACACUUCGACGACAUACGAACCAUCUGACUCAACUCCGCUGUCCCCAGAAUCCUCUACCCAGGACUGUCUCCCACUUGGCCAAUAUGAAGCGCACCAGGACUGCAUCAUACCGCAAAAAGUCAUUCCUCGGAGAAUCCUGCCAAGUAACACGCAGCUGUCCCAGUACAGCCCGUGGCAACGAUGGGGAUCCUCCUGGUUCUGGGAGAUAGCAGCAAUGACACUCAGCUGUUUCUCCCUGGCCUUGACACUGGGUAUUCUUUACUUCUUCGACGGCAAGCCCUUGAAAUCGUGGCCCCUCUACCUGUCACUGGGCACAAUUAUAUCGACCCUGGCACAGGUUUCUCGCACCUCUCUUGCCUUCGCCAUCACGCCCUGUCUGGGGCAGGCAAAGUGGAAUUGGUUUUCUCAAAGAGAAGACGACGUUCUGGUCUUCAGAACCUUCGAUGAAGCAAGUCGAGGGCCUUUGGGAAGCUUACAGCUGCUCUGGAAGCUCAAGUACCGACAUCUUGCCUCGCUCGGCGCUCUAGUAACGGUUGUGAUGUUCGGAUACGACCCCUUCGUCCAAGCCAUAGUUGACACCUCUGGAAAUGAGGUUUUACUCACAGGAAGCUCAAGGGCCAAGAUCAGGGCAUCAAACAGGAUCUGUGUAGGUGAAGAACAAACAACAGGUGCACAGAUUACUUUGACGAACAAAAAUGGCUCAAUGGGACCCGACACAGUGGUCCUUCAGGAAAGUGCGCUGAUAGCGGACUUUGGCUUGACGCUUGCCGUCUACGAUGGAUUCGUCAACAAGUCCUCGGCCUUAACAGAUCCUUACCAGUCAUCCUUCUCUUGCGAGACCGGCAACUGCACCUUCCAAGUUUUCGACUCAUUGGCAGUUUGCAGCCGUUGCUUCAAUGUGUCAGAUCAUAUUCGAAGAGAGCGAGUUCCCAAGGGAGGAACUACAUAUACACAAUACAUACUACCAUAUGGCUUGGAAAUUCUCAAUUGGGACGGCGCAAAGCCACCGGAGAAUGCAUAUCCAGUUCCCACAGAAAGUCCAAUACACAGGCGGCUAUAUGGAGAUACUAAUCAACCAUCGGCCGCUACAAGCUUAUCACCAAACCAGACCGUAGUCAAGGUCAUAGCCAACCGGUCCGAGUCCAUAUCCUUUGCCAACUUCACUACCACCUUUGUUGUUUUCAGAAUCAUUCAAUCUACCCCAGAAUUUGUCAACAACCUUUCGCCUUGGAAUACGACGUUUCCACUCGCCAUGGAAUGCGGAUUAUCCUUCUGCGUCAACCGAUAUAAUUCCAGCGUCAGUAAGGGCACACUCCAUGAAUCCGUUCUUGACUCGUGGGACAAGUGGUUACAUCCGUCGCUGCUGCCUCAAGAAAAUCUGGAAAGCAACAUCACCACAAAAAAACAGCGUGAAGAAUGGAUGCAUCCCUUCAACCACACACUAGGCAGUCCAGCCGGCUCAGAUCUACAUGGAAAGCUAUGGGAUUUUCCGCGAUCUGAUUUACUCCUGGCUACAUCCCCGAGUCUCGACCCCGGGCACCAUGACGACCCUGGUGCUACCACGGUUUCCAACCGCCUCCCCUACUUCAACAUCACCCAAGUUACCCUAGCCUCCACAAUCGACUGGUUCACCCACUUUCUUGCCCCCAAGCCACUGAUUUAUCCAGCCACAGCCGAUAUCGGUUACGGUAACCCCGUCGCCGGAGCCAUUGCCAAAUCUACCAAUCUCGACAUGACUUUCAACAACGUCGCCCGUAGCAUGACAGCCUGGAUCCGCGAGAACCAAGGGAUAUGGCUAAUGGAGAGCUCCACGAAGAAAUGGGAGUUCCGUUUCUGCAUCCGUUGGCCAUUCGUCACCGUUCCUGUGGCGGUCAUGGUGGCGAGCGCGCUCUACCUUGGGCUUACAAUUUGGCAGACCCGCAUGUACGGCGUGGACCCUUGGAAAGAGGACGCUUUGGCAGCGAUAGCACAUGGGCUUGAUCAGGAGAGCAAGGCGAAGAUUUGUCAGGCAGAAAGGGUAGGGUUGAGGAACGAAGCUGCGAUGGGGAUGAAGGUUACGCUGCGGCAGGGGAUGUAUGGGGAGGUCGAGUUGAGGGAUGUGGGUAAGGAGGGAUAAUGCGCUUAAUAUAUGUGACUUUGAUAGGCAAGCAAAGAAGAGAUGAC